GACUGGCCCUUAGCGUUAAAGGAGACUCAGUUACCAUCAUCAAAGACUGCGAGGUGCUUGACACUGAGGCACUCAAUAGGACUGAAGAGGCAGUUAUCGAUAACACCGGAUUAAUAAUGGUCGGACAAAUGUUUUACAACGAUGACGUGUUCGAGGGUGACAUUCAGCAGUUGCAAAUUGUACCAACGCCUGAUGCGGCGUACGACCAUUGUACGGCUUACCUGCCCAACUGUGAUGUACCGUUGCCAGUUCUGGACGCCGUUGAUACUGUCACCGAUCAUAACAAGACAGAAUCUGAAGUGGACGGCGAAGGCGGACUUGAAGGUCCUUACAGCAACGAGACAACUCCGAUCCCAACAGUUCCGGACAACGAGGGCAACGUUCCGACAUACCAUUAUUACCAGGUCCAGGGUCCUCCUGGUGCACAGGGCUACCCAGGACCUCCAGGACAUCCAGGAUUAAAGGGCGAAAAGGGGGAUCCUGGAAGAGACGGCCUGUAUGGUUCCGCAGGGCAGCCGGGGGCUCCCGGACACGUUUUUAUGAUACCCUAUCAAGCUGCUGGAGACACGAAGGGUCCAGACAACAUGGAAGCCCUUCGGCAGAUGCUUAGUGAACACAUGUUGGCUAUGAGAGGAGCUCCAGGUCCGAUGGGAUUGACCGGACUUCACGGUCCAGUGGGUCCUAUGGGGCCACCAGGAGAAAAAGGAGAGCUUGGGGAGCCUGGUGUCAUGGGCCCACGGGGCAUGAGGGGCCAGCAGGGAACCUCUGGAAGACCAGGAAGACGGGGGCGGAGUGGUAAAGACGGUGAGCGAGGUAAACCAGGACCCCCUGGGCCAAAGGGCGAAAUGGGUCUCCCGGGCUUACCUGGACUUCCGGGAGACAAAGGUGAAAGGGGCUACGUCGGGGCUACUGGAGAGCAAGGUCUUCCUGGCCAUGAUGGGCCAGCGGGAGAGGAGGGACAACCUGGUCUUUCUGGUUUGCCGGGAGAAAUGGGACCACGAGGUUUUCCUGGUCCCAGGGGAUUUGCAGGACUACCUGGCCCACCUGGGAUCCCAGGUUCAGAAGGUCCUGUUGGACCAAAGGGCAAUCCGGGACCAACUGGACAAGCUGGCCGGCCAGGACAGCAGGGGCUCACGGGUCCAGUGGGGUCACCUGGAUCUCAGGGUCCACCAGGACCUUUGGGUCCACCGGGACCAAGGGGGAAGUCCGGUCUUCCAGGUCUUCCUGGAGCAGAUGGUGCUCCUGGUCAUCCAGGCAAUGCCGGCUCUCCCGGAAACAAAGGAGACACGGGUUCACCAGGACAUCCUGGCCCAGUUGGCUUCCCGGGUCCCCGUGGCGUAAAGGGUGACGAUGGCGCGAGAGGCCCUCUCGGGGAUAAAGGGGAUAAGGGAGCUCCAGGACCAGAUGGUCAGAAAGGAGAUAUGGGUUUGCCUGGAGAGAAAGGACCGGCUGGUGUCGAAGGGCUUCCAGGUAUUGAGGGCCCCGAAGGGCCUAAGGGCUUUGAUGGCCCCAGAGGCGAGAAGGGCCCGCCUGGAGCACCAGGUGAAAAGGGUAAAUUGGGAAUACCUGGGUUUCCUGGAUACCCUGGAUCAGCUGGCCCAAAGGGUGAAAAAGGCUUUCAUGGUAAAGCUGGUGAAAAGGGAUUCAAAGGAGACAGAGGUCCUGCUGGGCCUCCGGGCGAAAGAGGUCAAAUAGGUCCACGUGGAAAUCGUGGUCAGAGGGGCCGAGCAGGCAAGCGUGGUCUACAGGGUGAAAAAGGCAGCACCGGAGAACCGGGAUCCCCAGGUAUCCCAGGGGAAAGAGGAUCGCAAGGACCAGAAGGCGUUCGAGGCUUCCGGGGUGUCCCUGGUUCACCUGGUAUUCCGGGAAAGGAUGGGCAUCCAGGGCCACCAGGGGAACGAGGACCUGCGGGGGAGGCUGGAACUACCGGACCACCUGGGCCUCCAGGAGUGAUAGGACCAGUGGGUCCCCCAGGGGAACCUGGGUCUUCCGGUGAAAUUGGAGCCCCGGGACCGCCGGGUUUGCCAGGUGAAAUAGGUCUUCCAGGACUCACAGGAAAGGAUGGCUUACCGGGACCAAGUGGAUCUCCGGGAGGAAAAGGAAUACCUGGACCCCCGGGUCCACCAGGGUUUCCUGGUGAGAGAGGCAAUAUGGGACCUCCCGGGUUCCCGGGACCCAAAGGAGAAAUUGGACUUCCCGGAGCCAUUGGACCAGCUGGAGAAAAAGGAGACUUGGGGUUGCCAGGAGACCCGGGCCCUCCUGGUGAAAAGGGUCGUCCUGGUGGCGUUGGUCCAGCAGGUCCUUCUGGUCCCAAAGGAGACAAGGGCGACAUGGGUGUACCCGGCCCUCUUGGCAGAGACGGCCUUCCAGGAUCUAGGGGCCUUCCAGGCCCGCCUGGACCAGUUGGAACCCCAGGGGAGGAUGGAGAUAAGGGGGAUGCUGGACUUCCUGGUCAGAAGGGUUCUAAGGGUGGCAAAGGCGACGCUGGUCCUCCAGGAGUUGCAGGACCCCCCGGUCUAAGAGGUGAACAAGGGGAACGUGGGCCUGACGGAGAACAAGGCCCUCCAGGCCCUACGGGGCCAAGAGGCCCGAAGGGAGAGGACGGGCCCGUUGGGCCAAUGGGGAUCACCGGCGCUCCAGGGUUGCAGGGUCUUCCAGGACCGCGAGGUGGCAAGGGUGAUAAAGGAGACGUCGGCAAGAAAGGACCGCUGGGGCCAGCAGGUCAACCCGGUGGACCUGGUCCAAAAGGCGAAAAGGGUGGAGAAGGAAUUCCUGGAUCUCCUGGACCAGAAGGAGCUCAGGGACAGAAGGGGGACGAUGGACCACCAGGAGCACCUGGACCCGCAGGAAAAGACGGAGAGCCGGGUCCACGCGGGCCUCCUGGCCCAAAAGGGGAAGAAGGCAAACCAGGCCUUCAAGGCACACCUGGAGUGCAAGGUCCAACUGGCGUCGAAGGACCUAAAGGAUUGCCAGGUGCCCCGGGGUUCCCCGGCCCUCCUGGCGAAGCAGGACUACCGGGCAUCAAAGGAGAACGAGGAGCAGAUGGUUCGGACGGACAACAGGGCGAACCAGGCCCCUCUGGUUCCAAAGGAGAAAUGGGCAAAAUGGGCGGGCCUGGAAUACCUGGGAAACCUGGACCAAUGGGUCCUGCGGGUCUUCAAGGCGAUGUGGGACUUCCUGGUGAGAAAGGAGACAGGGGACAAGUAGGGCCUCCAGGAAUACAGGGCACGACGGGGCCUCCGGGCCCACCUGGACCAUCCGGUCCAUCUGGACUUCGCGGAUCACCUGGAACUGCGGGUGACGUCGGAUCACCUGGGCCUGUUGGCCCUCCUGGAUUGCCUGGAAGCACAGGCCCGCAAGGUGACAAAGGCAUGAAAGGCGACCGAGGCAAGCGAGGUAUCAAGGGCCACCGAGGUCUCAUUGGUCGACCUGGAGCCAAGGGAGAUACCGGUGAGAAAGGAGAAAGAGGUGACAAGGGGGAUACGGGGCUUCCAGGUCCACCUGGCGCGCAGGGCCCUGUUGGUAUGGAAGGAAUGAAAGGUGUGGAUGGACCUGAAGGAGAACCAGGCCCAGAAGGACCUAUGGGACCAAAGGGGGUCGAGGGGACAACAGGAUUGAAAGGAGAAACUGGACCUCCCGGGCUACCGGGUCCCCCGGGCCCACCGGGAGAAGGCCCGCAGAUACCACCGGAACUCCUCUUCCAGAGGGAUAGUUUCCGCAUCAGCAAGCGAUCUAUCCCAGAAGAAUCGGCAACACCUGCACCCGUAACGGAGCCUCCAGAGGACAAGAAUAGUUCUUCGAGCGUCCUAGACAGCACACUGACAAACAUCUACGCUAAUGUAUUCAUUAUUCGGAAAGAAAUAUCUCACUUGCGGCAGCCUCUUGGGACCCAAGCAAACCCAGCGAGAACUUGUAAAGACCUUCACUACUCUCACCCAAGCCUUGAAGACGGCUGGUAUUGGAUCGAUCCUAAUUUAGGCGUAGCGGACGACGCCGUCAAUGUCUUCUGCGCCACGGGCGAGACGUGCAUCUUUCCAGACGUGGAAACCGCUUCUGCGAAAGUAGGGCCAUGGAAGAAGUAUGCAGAAAAAAAGCUUUGGUUUAGCGAACUGGAGGGAGGAUUCAGAAUCGGCUACGGAGAGGUCGGGGCGGUUCAGAUGCGGUUCAUACAACUCCUCAGCUCGGAAGCGUACCAGAACUUUACGGUGACUUGCACAAAUUCCAAUGCUUGGUAUAGCCAGAAGAGUAAGGAUUACAGGCACGCGUUUCAGUUUCUGAGUCAGUCAGAACAGGUGCUCCUCACGAAAAAGAGCGGAUUGUCUGUUUCCUUGGAUGAUUGUCAGUACGGAGACGGGAAAACUAUGUUUGACUUCAAGACAAAACUGCCAGCCACACUACCAAUUAUAGACUUUUUACCCUCAGACUAUGGAAAAGUACAUCAAGCCUUCGGCUUCGAAACGGGGCCUGUAUGCUUCAGAUAGUAAUGCUGAAUAGAGUUUUGUUUGUG